AUGGCCGUCAUACCUGGAUUGCCAGGCUUGCGGGUCACUGUCGAGGUCGCCGGCGAAGCCCUACCGGAACAUGAUAACGAUACUACCGAUACGGGUCACGCAUAUCUUCAGCACAGAACCAAAAAGUAUAUUGAGGCACCGGCAGGGGAAGCAUUCGAGAUUCGCACGCUAUAUCAAGCUCCUUUCGAUCCGCCUCUGCCCAUCCACGUAGAGGUAAUGUUAGAUGGGAACUACGUGUUGGCCCCAUAUUUUGAACGUGGUGGCAAAGACGGUUGCGAAGGCUACAAGUAUGGCAAAGCGAUGUUUAUGGCAGAAGGGGAGGUCGAGACUCGCAACUUCUGCUUCUCUGCACUUACGAUUGAGGAACGCGAUGAUCCGGUCACGGAGGAAACAAAGCGCAAGAUCUCCUGCAUUGGUCAAAUCACAGUGUAUCUGUACUACAUUGAGCGCCUGGACGAAGCAAGAUCUACUGCUAUACCUCGAGCACUUUUUGACAGCGACGAAGCACUCACUCACAAAGCGAUGAAAGCGGCCGUCAGCCAAGGCGACUCGCUCACUUGUCAGACCAGCUUGUCGGCGCCGGAGAAGCAAGCGGAUGUUACAUGCAACGAAGUCAAGACAACAGAUGAUGCGCCCUUUGCAGCAUUUACCUUCUUCUACAGGUCUACAGCUGCACUCAAGUCCCUCGGCAUCAUCGCGCGCACGCCUUCGCCCUCACAGGAGCCCGAGCCUGAGCCCAAAGACAUUGAGUCAAUGAACAAGGAAGAGCUCAUGGCCGAGCUGCUUCGCAUCCGGAAGGCACAGGACCAAGCAGCGCGGAUCAAAAGAGAGCGGCAAGAGGAGCGCGAGGAUAGUGCGGUCACGAUAGGAGGUGAGGAUGAUGAGGUCGAGUGGAUCGGGUCUCAGCCAAGCAAGAGGCAGCGUAGAAGUCCGGGUGAGGAUGAUGAAGUUGUGGACCUUGAGGAUUGA